AAGGAGAUACGUUUGGUCAGGGUGGUGGUGUUUGUUCUCUUUGGAGAUCUCUUCUACAGAUUAGUUUUAUGGUUUUAUUGCAUGGCAUCUGUCUUUGCCAGAGUUCCUGAGUUUUGGCCUCAGAAUUAAUUUUAUAAGGAAAUAAAUUCACUCCUUGCACACCAAUGGAUGAACCAUGGGGAACGCCGUGAGGGACUUUGGAUUUCUGUCUGUCACUGGCUUAACACGGUGUAGCUCUCGUGGUUAUAGGAAAAAAUACACUUUUUGUUAUGAGUAUGCAGGCGCAGCUCACUUAAAGGUAUUAUAACCACUUUGCGUCCUCUGAAUAAGUUCAGAACUGACGAGUUUGUGUCCGUGGAUUCAUUAAAAUCGGCCAAAGUGUAAAUCCUGUUCGAUACCUGGUCCCUAUUAAUGAACGAAGAUUUGAAAGUACGGGAUUUCCAGAAUAAUCAAAUAUCUAAAUUAAUAUACAAUCGAUAUCUGUGAUCAGUUUUUAAUUAAGAAUAUUGCCUAAAUUUAAUGAUCACUUGAAAUUGGAGUCAGAUUGAAUGCGGAGCUAGACUAAAAUUGAAACUAAAUCCAGAUAAAUUUAGAAGCGCAAGUAAAAGACUGAACAUGCAUUAAACCUUCGACCAGGCCGCUGGAUUCCGCUGUUUGGGCUGGCGGGUGGAACCUUACACAUAAAAUAUUUAGAUUAUAGUAGUAACUUUUAAUUCAAGAAUUUCCAAACUGGUUUUAGUAAGCUAGGACAAAGACUCUUUUUUUCCCCGAGCGCCAAAAGCAAUCAAAGCUGGUGCACAGAAUGUUUCAGUUGAAGAAUUUACCUGCUGCAUUUGUUUCCAACCAUUUUUCCCAGACGUGUCCUGGCCAGGAUUUCUACAUUGCUUUGAUUAAAAGUACCUCGAGAGAGUUUCAAAAACAUAAGGAACCGAUGUCAUACACAACGAUCGGUCUGCACACGCAAACAAAGCCAAAUCCUAGACCAGGGGUCACCAAACGUGUUCCUGGUGGGCCAGAGUCCUGCAGAGUUUAGCUCCAAAGUUUCAAAAGUUGAGUGCUUUUGAAAGUGAAGUCAAGUUCUUUUAAUUGUAUAGUGCAGUUCAUUCCCCCAGUUUCAUUCCCCACUGUUAAAGUGUCAAUUCUAUUCAACCAGUGUAGUACAAAGGAUAAGGCAAAGGCUGAAUCGGUAGUGCAUGCUACUAUAGACCCUUUUUGCCCCGACGUCACGAUUACGUCACCGCGCUAGCUGGAGGCAAAACAAAUGGAAAACUGGAAGUGGCCCAUUCAAACCAGCGCAGAUUCGGCUACAUAAGGAGCUUAAAAUAUCAUCUUCUUGUGAUGUUAGAUGCAAGAAUCGAAGUAGUACAUGCUCCAAUUUGAAAUUUUACCGCAUACCUGCUGCCACUCCCAGACAAAAAACUGACGACAGCUGUGGUUAAACGAGAUAAAACGAGCAGACUGGACAGAAACGAUCGUCAGAAAUGCUUGCGUUUGCAGCACACACUUCUUAUCAGAAGAGGUUAAAUAAAGUAUUGUCUUUUGUUGUUAUGGAUUAUGGUUUGUGUUACGUGUCUAAAGAUUUCUUAUGCAUCUCACAACUAUGAAAUAAUGUCUGUGCAUGUGUGUAAAACAACAAACUGACGAUUUAUAUGCUUAAUCAUCUGUAAUAUACAUUGUUGUGAUUGAUAGUGGCUGGACUUUCUAAGAACUUAGUAAGAAAUAAUAAUCAAAUACAGAAAGUUCAAAAUUAAUUUCUGGAAUUUUUAUUUCUAGAAACUAUUCACAUCUUCCUUAAAUGUACUGUAUGUAAAGUAUUGUAAACUUAAUUUACAGGAUGUAUAUACUUUAAAAUAACUAUUUGGCCAUGAUACAUACAUCUUCAAUUAAUAUCCAUCACAUUGAAUGUUUAACUUACUUUUUGUAUUUUGGCCCAGUUCACUCUCACAUAACGUUAGCUGUAAAAAUAGCCUGCUGAAGUUGAAAUAUGUUCAUCUUCGUGACUAGAUAGACACAGGUGAGUUUCUCUUUACUACUCGUUAGGUUUCUCUAACGUUAUGCGACUCGAGUCACUCAAUCGGAGGUAAUCCUGUCAGAUCGUACAUUCAUGAGCAUAGGGUCGGCCAAUCUGACUUUGUCCGUUAAAGUUAAUUUAUUUAAAUAACAAUCAUGGUCCUGCACAGUGAGUGACCUUACAUAUGCAGGUAAAAUCGGAUUUUCUCCAGCCAUUGUUAAAAAAACAAGGUAAACAAACUUCAUAGCUAACGUUAGUGAAGCAGUCAGUGGAAUCUUUCUGCCUCCAGCUAAGCCCCGCCCACAGAAAAACAUCACAUUGUUUACUAACAGAAAAAGGGUCUAUACUAGUUCUUCCAUAAAUAAUUAUAUGACAGAAAUGGUAAAGUUAGUAAGAUUUUGUGAAUUCAGCUUAAGUUUGUGUCUAUAUCCAUGUUCAAAAUAAGAAAGAAGACUUGAACUUUGAGAACCAAUGAUAUAUAAACUCCCACUUGUGCAAGUCUGGGGAAUCAUUACAGUUAACGAAGAGGGAGGAGCUAUCAUUAAUUAGCUGAAAUCUGUAGAGUACAAAAAGACCAAAGAGCAGUCUCUCCAUUUUGUGACUAGCUAUUGAACAAUGGCUGGAAGUUGGUGUUUAUGUCAGAUUUUGGCAGUUUGUGCUUUGUGUCAGAUUUUGGCAGUUUGUGCUUUGUGUCAUGCUGUUCCUCAGCAGAGUGUUCUGCCCCAGAACCCUCAAGCUCUGAUGUUCCAGCAAACUGACCAGCGGUUUCAGAAGCCAAAGCCAGUUCAACAGCAAACUGACCAGUGGUUUCAGAAGCCAGUUCAACAGCAAACUGACCAGUGGUUUCAGCAGCCAGUUCAACAGCAAACUGAGCAGCAGUUUCAGAAGCUAGUUCAACAAACUGACCAGCGGUUUCAGCAGCCAGUUCAACAGCAAACGCCAGUUCAACAGCAAACUGACCAGCAGUUUCAGAAGCUAGUUCAACAAACUGACCAGCGGUUUCGGCAGCCAGUUCAACAGCAAACGCCAGUUCAACAGCAAACUGACCAGCAGUUUCAGAAGCUAGUUCAACAAACUGACCAGCAGUUUCAGAAGCCAGUUCAACAGCAAACUGACCAGCGGUUUCAGAAGCUAGUUCAACCGCAAACUGACCAGCAGUUUCAGAAGCUAGUUCAACAAACUGACCAGCGGUUUCAGCAGCUAGUUCAACAAACUGACCAGCGGUUUCAGAAGCCAGUUCAACAGCAAACUGACCAGUGGUUUCAGAAGCUAGUUCAACAAACUGACCAGCGGUUUCAGCAGCCAGUUCAACAGCAAACUGACCAGCGGUUUCAGCAGCCAGUUCAACAGCAAACUGACCAGCGGUUUCAGAAGCUAGUUCAGCAAACUGACCAGCGGUUUCAGCAGCCAGUUCAACAGCAAACUGACCAGCAGUUUCAGCAGCCAGUUCAACAGCAAACUGACCAGCAGUUUCAGCAGCUAGUUCAACAAACUGACCAGCGGUUUCAGCAGCCAGUUCAACAGCAAACUGACCAGCGGUUUCAGCAGCUAGUUCAACAAACUGACCAGCGGUUUCAGAAGCCAGUUCAACAGCAAACUGACCAGCGGUUUCAGCAGCUAGUUCAACAAACUGACCAGCGGUUUCAGCAGCCAGUUCAACCGCAAACUGAGCAGCGGUUUCAGAAGCUAGUUCAACAAACUGACCAGCGGUUUCAGCAGCCAGUUCAACAGCAAACUGACCAGCAGUUUCAGAAGCUAGUUCGACAAACUGACCAGCGGUUUCAGCAGCCAGUUCAACAGCAAACUGACCAGCGGUUUCAGAAGCUAGUUCAGCAAACUGACCAGCGGUUUCAGCAGCCAGUUCAACAGCAAACUGACCAGCAGUUUCAGAAGCUAGUUCGACAAACUGACCAGCGGUUUCAGCAGCCAGUUCAACAGCAAACUGACCAGCGGUUUCAGCAGCCAGUUCAACAGCAAACUGACCAGCGCUUUCAGCAGCCAGUUCAACAGCAAACUGACCAGCGCUUUCAGCAGCCAGUUCAACAGCAAACUGACCAGCGCUUUCAGCAGCCAGUUCAACGGCAAACUGACCAGCGGUUUCAGCGGCCAUUUCAACGGCAAACUGACCAGCGGUUUCAGCGGCCAGUUCAACAGCAAACUGACCAGCGGUUUCCUCAGCAGUUUCAGCUUCAGAAGCCAGUGGCGCAGGCAGAGCCCCUUGAUAAAUGUGUUGUAGGUGAUUAUGAGCAGAUCCAAUGCGGACAACCUGAGAUCAGUGGUGCUGAGUGUGACGCAAUCAACUGCUGCUUCAACGGACAGCAGUGUUACUAUGGGAGAGCAGUGACUGUCCAGUGUAUUAGAGAUGGUCAGUUUGUGGUAGUGGUGUCUAGAGACAUUACUCUGCCUCGACUGAGUCUGGAUUCGGUUCGUCUACUGGGUGGAAACGACCCACCUUGCGGUCCUGUGGAGUCCACACCUUCUUUUGCUAUAUACCAGUUUCCUGUGACCGCAUGUGGCACGAGCAUGAUGGAGGAUGGUGGAUAUGUGGUGUAUGAGAACAGAAUGACCUCCUCAUAUGAAGUAGGGACUGGACCGUUCGGUGCCAUCACAAGGGACAGUCACUUUGAGCUUCUCUUCCAGUGUAGGUACUCUGGAACUUCCGUUGAAGCUCUGGUUGUGGAGGUCAACUCUGUUCCUCCACCUCCACCAGUAGCUGCUCCUGGACCUCUCAGGGUGGAGCUCAGACUGGCCAAUGGCCAAUGUGUCACCAAAGGCUGUGCUGAAGGGGAUGAGGCCUACACGUCCUACUACAGUGACUCUGAUUAUCCUGUCACAAAAGUCCUGCGAGAGCCUGUGUAUGUUGAGGUGCGCAUUAUGGAGAGGACUGACCCCAACAUUUUCCUGAUACUGGGACAUUGUUGGGCGACUUCAACCCCCAGUCCACUCAGUCUCCCCCAGUGGGACCUUCUGAUCGAUGGAUGCCCUUACCAGGAUGACCGUUAUCUGACCACACUGGUUCCAGUGACUGGCUCAUCUGGUCUUCAGUUCCCAGCCCACUACAAGCGCUUUGUUGUGAAGAUGUUCACAUUUGUAGAUCCAUCCUCACUGGCUCCUCUGCAGGAAACUAUCUUCAUCCACUGCAGUACAGCGGUGUGUCAUCCCUCUUCUGGCUCCUGUGAGCAAAGCUGCACCAGGAAGAGUAGAGACACUCAUGCCAAGACCAUCUCGAGUGGGCAGAUGGUGGUUUCUAGUGGAAAAGUUACUCUGGUCAUGUGAAUUCAGUG